UUUUCCUCAAAUAAAAAAAUAUUACACAAAUCCAUUCUAAAAAGGAAAUGUGCAAGCUGUGGGGUAUUUUGAUUUUGACGUGUUUCCAUCCAUUCAUGGGGCGUGGAAGCGUCGUAACCACGAAGGGGGAAAUAUUUCUGGUGGACCUUAUCGUCCAUCGGUAUCCCCACUGUGCCCUAUUUUUCGUCCGUCAAAGUAGAGAAAGUGAAGUUGGCAAUAAUUUGUUGUCAAAUGUCGUUAAACGAGUGAAAGUCUCGUCGUAUUAUAAUGCCGUCCAUUCGUCGGUUGGAAACCUUUCCACCAUUAAGUUCUCGACAUUAGUGGAAAAUUAUAACAGAAAGGCUGACGUUUGUAAACUUGUCGUGGUCACGGUGGAUGAUUUUCAGCCAGAGUUUUUGGCAGGACUUAAAAGUUCGAUAUCUCCCGUCUACGUCCCCAUGGUUAAGAAAGAGUCUGACUUUUGGAUCUGGAUAACCCCACAACCACCCGAACUGGAAACCCUCCUCUUAUCGGAUUUCCUUCCGGCUAAGACAAAAUACAAACUUGGUCUCACUUUCACCCCGUCUGGAGACCUGAUUCUCCGUUCAGUUUGCUUCUACUGUGACGAAGGGCUGCCUCGGAUUAUAGAUUUCUCUUCAGAACGCCCCCUCAGUUUUAACUUCUUUCCCGACUUUCUUCUAAACAUGAUGGGAAAAACGUUAAGGAUAGCGUUUCCCGCCAUAAAAUCGAGAAUCGAAGCCAAGGCUCCGUACAUUGGAGUGAACAAUGCCGUUCGUGGCAUGUGGAAGACUCUGUUUGAUGAAUUUUUAAUGCUAAAGUUCAACUUUACGUAUAACAUGUUCCUCUCGAUGGGAAAAAGUGGAAGUUACAUUGGUGGAGGGGGGACCGGGUUGGAACUCCCGAAUGGAACUUGGAUAGGAACUGUGGGGGACGUUAUGGCUGGUAAAGCGGACGUUGCCAUCAUCACGGGAAACACUAAUAAACGAAAUCGACAAGUCUCUUUCACCCACUCUUUCUUCGACAUUAGCUACUUACACUUCAUCACGACCUACGGUGUCCGGGUGUUCUCGCCGGCUGCGCUCCUCUGGUCGUUUGAUCUCGUCAUGUGGGCCUGCAUCGGAUUAUCCACGCUCGCAGCGUUCAUCAUCUUUAAACUCAUUACACAAUUUAUGAUCGCUCUUGGCAUGGAUUCCAGCGAGACGAUGAGUUUCGCUCGUCGAGGCAUCGUCAGUCAGGACAAUUGGGGGUUGCGGCACCAGAUAUUUUUCGUCAUGACGAGCUAUCUGGAUCAGGAUUGUGUUCUCCCGACGUUCACACCACUUCGGAGUUUUGUCGCCUUGUGGCUAUUUUUUACACUGAUUAUCACCACGAUUUACAGGUCGAAGAUGGUCAGCCUGCUUGCCUUCCCCGUCCUGGAGAAAAUCCCGACAACUUUCGAGCAGUUAGUGGCAUCUGACUACACCGUGGGAUUCAUUAAACAUGGGGACGCGGCGUACAAUACUUUGGCAGCAUCUACGGAUCCCGUCUACGUCACGCUGGUGAAGGAGAUGGAAAUCAUUACCGGGAACGGAUUAGAAUGCUUGGAACGUGUCGUGGAAAAGAAAUACGCCUGCCUGGCGUUCGCCUUUUCAACAAUUUACCUGCUAUAUGGGAAUCUGUCAGAUGCAGACAGUAGGAAAUUGGUGUACGCGCCGGAGACGACGUAUGCGGUCUUCAUGGGUCUCACUCUUGAAGCCGGUUCUAUUUACAAGGAAGGCUUUGACCGCUGGCUUUCGUGGGUGAGACCAUUUCAUCUCGCUGAUUUGUGGGAGAUGCACGACAUGUACUACAACGUCCGCCUUCCGAAAAGAGCUUGGUGGCUGGCGACUAACCAAACGGACAAAUUGGAACAUUCAUCCGCUGCUGAAAGUGAUGACCUGACCUUGAAGCAUAUUUCAGGCGCGUUUUAUGCCCUGGCUGGAUGUCUCGUGCUCUGCUUCGCGGUCUUCAUCCAGGAAUUAGUCACCCACCAUUGGUCAAUGGGAUAUCAAAAGGUCAGACUGAAGUGGAGGAUGGUACUUUUGAUGCGAAAUAUGAUUCCACAUCGUGAAAAGUUUGUGAUAUGAUAAUUAUUUGAGAGCAAUGAUUUGUUGUUUUAGUUUUUGUAAUCAAUUUAUUAAAUAUAUAUACACAUACCUAUGCAUAAAAUUGUAAAUUAGCUACGUUAAGACAAUUCUUGGGCAAUGUACGCACUCACGUUUAUGGGAAAUUAAGGCUUUCAAUAAAAAUAGCGAUAUUGUUAUAAUGUCAUAAAAAUUGAAUAAAGUGAU